AUUUGGGAAUAUUCUUAAAGAACUCUUUCUUUUUUUUAUUAAAUGGUUUCUAUUUUUAUAUAGUAAAAAUGUUCCUGUCUCUAAAACUAUAAAGAGAAGGUCAAGCAUAAACUUGAAUCCCUUUUUCGUUCAAUAUUCAUUUAGCAUCGAUUUGGCUUAAGAAAUUGAAAGUAACAAAAGCCUACAUUUUUUUAAAGCUAAAGAUAAUACUUUUCGAUUUACGCUCAAAAUUGGAUUCCCUAUGCUUUUCGAGCAUUUCCAUAAAACAUAUAUUUUUGGCUGCUACCAAAGCAGAUGAAUCGAAAAAUACCAUGCAUUUGCUUAAAGUCAAAGAAAAUGAUAAUGUUGCUUGAAAGAAAAUGGCUUGGUCGGUAAUAUUUGCUAAGAAAAUAUGUUUGUUUACAUUUGAAAAUACUCAAAAACGGUCGUCCCUUCAUUCUUCCUUCAAAAGCAUUAAUCUAAAAGGGGUUGGAGAAAGGAAAAGGAAAGCAAAAGGGAAGAACUGUAUUUAUUUUGUAUAUAUAUUAUUGCAUUAGUAUCGUUUAGGGGGAUCAUAAACAUUUUGGGAUAAUUAUCGGAAUGGAAAACGAAGCAGAAAGUUUUUCAGCAGAAGCUGAGAUGGAACAGGAGGAUUUGCGCAUUUUUAGAUUUAUGAUUGGUCUUGCAAUCUCGGUACCUGUGCUUAUCCUGUGUUUAAUUAUCAUCAGAAGAUAUAUUGAUUGUAAACAUAAAAAAUAUCGUAUUUUCCGAGCGGUAUUAUGUUGCAUGCCCAUCUACGAUGAGGAAGAUUGUGAAGUGGACUUUUAUAAUCUUCCAGCUACUGAAUCUACGAUCACUCUUCCUCGCUACUCUCCGCAUCUUCAAGAAAACGAAGAGUUACUUGGAGCUUCUGGGGAACGCGAAGGGAUUGAUGUCGUUUUAACACCCUCACGGCUUCCUGAUACAGAGCCUAACCCGUAUCCCUUUCUGUACAAUGCAAGUAGUAGGCUGCGCUUCAUCCAAAGAAUGGAAAUAGAGAAGUUGCAGUCACCAAGAAUAUCUUAUCAUAACCUUGGAGUUGGACGUUGCAAUGGAAGUCGUAUUUUGCCAUCCUACCCUGAACCUGCUCGCGUACACGUUUCUCCAAAUGAAUCCAGUGACCUUUCUGAUGUACAAUCUGCUUCUUCUCAGAACACCAACGUUUCAGAGUGCUUCCCUGCGUCUGUCUCACCUUCUCCUACACCUAACUUCUACUCUCCUCCUCCUCCUUACUGCUACGGCGAUAUCAAUUCACCUUCUCUCGAGAAUAGUGUAUUUUCGAAUGCUAGUACUUUGGUAAGUGCUUAGCAUCUCUUUCUUGCCGUUUUUUUAUCUACAGGGUUCACCAUUCCCUUUUUUUUGUGACUUACUAUUACUUAUGACACGAACUCCAAUAAUAAAAAAUUUAUUUUUCAUAUAACUAAGCUAUAAUUUAUAUUUUCUCGUCCAUUGCUUUC